ACUUAAACGCUGUCUGCGCUGGGUUUUGUGGCUGGGCGAACAGCUCAGCCCUCAGUUUCGGUAACAGCUACAGGAAGAAGACGAAAGAACCAGACGUGGCUUGUACACGUUUUUAAGCAGCUUCAGUGCUGUAAACGUAGCCUUUUAUUUAACGUACAAACACGGAGAGUGUCCAACCAAAACGAAGGAGGUGUUUUAAUCUGUGCUCUUACAAGGAAUAGAAAAGGAAUACGGGAUAUUUUCGACGCCUGUGUCCUUCCUGUUCAGCCCUUUGUUUUUCAGUGGUGCGCUCGUGCAGGCGACCAGUAGCGCCCCCGUGCGAGCCAACGCAAAAGAGCUCGAGGAUAGGGAGUCAAACGAGCGGCCGAGCUUGUAGCCUCCCGAGCAUCGUGGGCCCCCCCAGCGCAUUUAUCCGAUGCGGAGUGAGGAUGAGUCCCGCUCUGGAAGCCCUCAUGCAGGCGGACGGGACUCCUUAUCCCGGGAAAGGGGUGAUGCUUGAGCCCUUCGUGCACCAGGUGGGAGGCCACUCCUGUGUGCUACGAUUCGGGGAACAAACAAUCUGCAAGCCCCUCAUCCCCCGGGAGCACCAGUUCUACAAAAGCCUCCCCCCAGAGAUGCGGAAGUUCACCCCUCAGUUUAAAGGUGUGGUGUCAGUCAGUUUUGAAGAAGAUGAGGAAGGAAACCUGUGCCUCAUUGCAUACCCCCUCCACAGUGAGCUUGGGGAUCUGGAAAACAAAGACCCCUCAGCAGAUUGCGAGCCAAAGACCAAGAUGCUGAAGUGGAGCAAGAAGAAGCAGUCCUCAUUGCUUUUGGAAAACGACAACUACAGCAAAGAGAGAGCUCGACACAGCCGGAAAGAAGACAAGAUCAUGAGUUACAACCGUGAAGAGACACAGCAGCACCAGCAGGCAGAGGUUCUCUACUUUAGCAUGGAGAAAGGCAACGUGGUGCCGCAGAUCAAACACAACCCGUGGAGUCUCAAAUGUCACCAGCAGCACCUGCAGAGGAUGAAGGAGAACUCAAAGCACCGUAAUCAAUACAAAUUCAUACUUUUGGAGAACCUGACGUGGCGCUACAAAGUACCAUGUGUCUUAGACUUAAAAAUGGGAACUCGCCAACAUGGUGAUGACGCAACAGAGGAGAAGAAAGCCCAUCAGAUCCGGAAGUGUCAACAGAGUACAUCUGCCUCUAUUGGAGUGCGACUAUGUGGCAUGCAGGUGUACCAGUCAGACUCAGGCCAGCUGAUGUUCAUGAAUAAAUACCAUGGCCGUAAGCUGACCCUCGCUGGCUUCAAGGAGGCUCUAUACCAGUUCUUCCAUGAUGGGCGCCGCCUUCGUCGGGAGCUGCUGUCUCCAGUGCUCCGCAGACUCCGGGAAAUGCAAGCCGCCCUAGAGGCCUGCGAGUCCUACCGCUUCUACUCCAGCUCCCUGCUCAUCAUCUACGACGGUGACCCACCCAGGAACCCCACCAGACCCAGACACCGCGGUGGGGAAGAAGGUGAUGAAGAUGAGCCAUCUGAUGAAGAUGAAGAGGAGGAGGAGGAAGAAGAAGAGGAAGGGGCUUUUGGUUUCCCCCGUUCCUCUUCAGCAGGGAGCAGUGGCGGUGUGGCCACAGGGAGCAGCAACAGCAGCAGUGGCCGCUCGUCCCAUGGCACGGGAGAGGCCAGCAGCCCAGCAGUUGACGUGCGCAUGAUUGACUUUGCCCACACCACCUGCCGGCACUACGGGGAGGACAGUGUGGUGCACGAAGGACAGGACAGUGGUUUCAUCUUCGGCCUCCAGAACCUCAUCACCAUCAUCUCUCAGCUGGAGGAUCACAGCACAGACUGAAGCCUGAAAAGAGUCAACCUGGUCUAAAUUUUAAGCAUGGGAAAAGCUCAGUGUGGCUGAAACCCUGCUAACCCAAGGUGCAAUGCCUACAUGGGGUCUAAGCCUCUUCUGCUUGGAGGGAACCUUAGACACCCCGGGGACUUGGUCUGAGGGGGGGAGACUGUGGGGUAGUUACUGCUCCCUCCCUCACCUGCCAGAGGACAGGGCUGCCUGAGCCCUCACUUGCACUUUCCUCUUUCUGAGACUGCUCCUUUUCUUGGUUAUACAUGGUAGGAGGAAACUUGUGGGAGGUGGUAGUCUUUUACAAACACAGGGACUCCUGUAGCAUACCCCUCCCCAACCCCCAACCUCCACCCCGCUUUGGUACAGACAAGUUUUUUCAUUGUUAAGUUCUCUCUGAGAGAGAAAGACUUGGACAGAGGUCAUUGAAGCUCAAGUGUAGUUCUAGGAGCCUGACGUGGUGCUUUACCUGUGAUAAGACAUGAGUUUCGUAUUUACUUUCGUAUUUGGAUGAAGUUUGGACUUCACUGUCCCCCCCAACAGCACAGCACAUUAUUGUGGGGAAGUUGACUGUACAAGCUGACCUUGGCUGGCUGGGUCAGCAGCCUUGUAGCAUUGGCAACUUAAGCUUCUGAGAAAGACAUUUUGUGUUUCUACUGGUGUCUCUAAAGACCUUGCAACAAACAUGUUUCUUUGUCUCAACUGGGCGCUCUGAUUUUGGUAGAUGAACAAGAUUAUUUAGGUUUAGAAGAAGAAGGGAUUUGCCUUUUUUCAACUGUCUUUCUUUCCUGUACCCUUUUGCCUAUAAACUGAGGACGUUUUUUCAAAGGGGAUAAUAUCCUUGAUUUGUCGCUCUCCUUGUUUUCGUCUGACUUUCUCCUCUCAUUCCUGAAACUUUGACUAAACAAAGAGAAUAUAUUGAUUUAAAACACUAGCUACAAAGACUAUUAAGAGGCUAUUUAUUUGAAAGGAUUGUUUAAAAAUGAAAAAGGAAAACAGCUACAUUCCAUAUUACCACUCUAAAUGUUCUGUUCUGAUACUGACUUUGAUUUAUUUUAUUAUUGCAGGAGCUGAUACCUCUCUUGUGUACCUGUGUGUUAACAGUGUCUUGGAAAAUAAAGGCAUUAAUUUGUGGUAAAACCUGA